CUGUGGAUAAUGAGCCCAGCUAUGACAAUGUUGUAAAAAUGAGUUAUUUGCUCUCUCUGUUGGACAGGCCCGUACAGAAUGUGGUGGCUGGAUACUUACCUACGAAUGAAAACUAUCCACGCGUGGUAAAGCUGCUGAAGUCUCGAUAUGGUGACAAACGAGCACUCAAGGAGUCGUUACAGUCAGAGCUGUACCAUCUACCCCAUGCUAAUGAUUCAGUUAUGGGAUUGCGAAAAUUUUUGGACAUAAUUGAAAGAGUAUGCCGACAAUUGACUGAUUACGGAAUUAGCGAUGACUCUUGGAUAGUUUUCACUAUAAAAGAAAAAUUGCCCAGAGGAAUACUUGCCAAACUGAUCGAAAAGGAACGAGUAGCCGAGCAAACUUGGAAUGUCGAAAAGUGGAGGAAAGAGCUUGACCUACUUAUUUCAGUCAAAGAAGAGGUCCAGAAAUGUAGCGUUAAUAAGGAACCUGAUUGGCACCCACAAAGGGACAGACGCCCACUGCCAAACCCUGAGCAAACCAGUUCAUUUCCGGUUACAAGUCAACCGAGGAAACCCUUUUGUUCAUUGUGCGAAGGAACCCAUCUACCAAGCAAAUGCCCGAAACAUAACAACCUUCAGGCCAAGAAGGAUCGUUUGCUGGAACAAAACCGUUGCCUAA